GUAGGUGAAGUGUUUGGAAUAUGAAACGCCGCUGUUCCUUCUAAAAUCCUAUUGUAAAUCAUAAUUGUUAAGAUCACAACAAGUAAAAAAGGAUUCAAUACGGCAAAUCCAUUAACAAAUUUGAAGGCCAAGGAUCUUACAAGAGCGAGUUAGCAUGGCAACCGCUACUUGCAACUAAAUUAACAGUAGUUGCGAUACGGCCUCCUCUUCGCCUCCCCGCGGACCAUUCCCAACAUCAGAUCGUACACCUUCAAGCCCCACAUACCACGCGUGCCCCCUAGGCGCCGAAAGGCCUAGGCUGAAAGAAAGGAUCUACAAUAACAUCCCAAAUUAUUCCUGAUCCCGUUACUGCUAUUAAUUCAACUGGAUGAAAAAGGUAUUUUAAGCCCAAAUGCAUUUUGUUUACAAAUAAUAUCCUCGUGCAGGGUGAGUGACAAACAUCCAAUAAUGCAUUGGUAAAGAAAGAUACGAACGAAAUACUAACUAGUCAUCGCGUACGUUCAAGAUGAAUUAUAACAUAAUAUUUUCUAUCAUUGCUGCGGUUCGUCUAGUUUCAUCGAACAUAAGGGAUUUUUCAAUAUGCCAUGACGAUUUCACACUGAAGCCAGCUGACGGCAUUUUAAAGGAGCACACAUUUACUUGGCUGGCGUUUGUGCAAUAUUUACAUGUGACAACGGGCUUGCCACAUCACAGUAUAGCCCCCAGAGUGGUUCUCGUGCAUAGUCAAUUUGUUGUUGGAACAGCCACGGAUUUACUUCAUUUACCCAAGAACUAUAAACUUGGUAAUAUUAUUUUUGGAGAUUAUGAGCGUGAAGAAAAUGAAUGUGAUCUGACGUAUAUGCAAACGAAAAUGGCGGAGAAGUGUCCGCGCGCAUACAUGGAAAUGCCCAUCUCAGAUAUUACUCCACAUCCUGAGUACUCUCGGUUCGGUGUCGGGAACAGCUUAGCUCUUGUUAAGUUACUGCGUCCCUUGAAGUCUCAGUACAUGGUACCAAUUUGCCUACCCUCUCUCGAAGAAAGGACAAGAAAAAAACGAAAUAAAGCAGUAUUUAUGAUCGACUACAUAAGCACCGUUCCAAGAGAUUUUGAUACAGAAAGAAUGGGAAAGAAAACUUUGAAAAUGUAUACUCAUAAAGAAUGUCGUAGGCAUCGGAGUAAAUCGAGGCUUGGCAGUGAGGGAGUCACGCACGUUCUGUGUAGCUCUGGCUGUGGCGUAAGACCUGGUGCUCCCAUCGUGAGUCAAAAUGUGGACGGUGGCUUCGAACUAAUCGGUGUCGCUGCUGGCGGUGCGCCCUGCACGAGAAGGUCUAUGCGCAGGAAGCUAAUUAGUGAGCCCCCGCUGUACAUAGAUGUUUAUCCAUAUAAUAACUGGAUUGUAAAUGUCGUCACCGCCAACAAGCUUCCGAAACCAUAUUCGCAGAAUUUCAUGUUGGUCGAAGGAGGUUCAAGUAUGGGAAUCCACAGUGGUUAUCUCAGAAAGAGAAGAAAAAUGAAAGCAGGCUGGAAAUCUCGAACUUAUGUAGUUGGAGACUACUGCUUCAAAACUGUAAAAAGACAACAAAGAUCAACAUCUUUCUUUUAUUCAGAAAACUUUGAAGUUAAAGCGGAUCCGCCGGCUAAGCUCAACGUUAUUUUAAAAUUAUCUGCAGGAAUAGACUGCACUAUAGUUUGUGCCAAACUCAAAUUGCCUAAUCGUCUGAUAGUGCCAGAAAUUAAAGGCGUCGGAGGAUACAAUAUAACAGUUACAUUCAAGACAGACUGGUUUCCGUACAUAUUUUACUUUAAUUUGGGUCUUAAUGGAAAGAAUACUACCGCAGCAGACUUUGCAACUUGGAUACCGGAACGGAAGCCAGGUUUUUGGUGACAAUACAAGAGCCUCGUCCAAAUGAUUCAGAUAGAGCGUCUUGUUAGAUACGAUAUCAAAUAUUAUUGUCUCUUGUGGAAGAACAACAUAACAAAACAAUUCGUAGACAAUACGAGUGACUCCAUAUCCAUAUUACCUUGCUUCUUAAUACCAUUCGAUUAAUGGAAGUUUAUGUCAUCACAUCAAAAUUUGAAGUCAAUAAUCUAAGAAUUUCAAUAUUCGACUAUAGUCUCUCAUAUUCAAGCAACUACGAGUAUGCGUCUAAACUACGCGUCUAAAUACACGAAUUUAAUAAAUAAAUCAGUGAUUGUGACCAUAACUUAUAAAGGCCUUCUCAGAACUCAUUGUAUUUGCAGCUACUUAGUUUUAAAAAAAACCAUAGAUAAUAAUAUAAUGUUCAAUAAAACAACAAAAUUUUCCUUGGAUUUCUUUAUGACCUGAAGAGAAUUUUUAAUUUAACUAGGCAGACUCCACAGAUAUUGUAUCUUCAUCGUUCAAUCCCUUGUCACCGUUAGCGUCGCCUGGGUAAGACGUUGGAGGCGAAGGUGAUGGGGACUGAGGAAACAUGGGGCUCUGUGGUAUUUGAGGAAACUGGGGAAGCCCUGGUGCUUGGGGAAACUGUGGGAUGGGAGGAUAUGGUAUUUGACCUGGUACUUGAGGAAUUUGCGGGAACGAUGGUAGGCUGGGUCCUUGAGGUAUUUGGGGAAAUAGCGGUUGUCCAGCCUGGGGAAUCUGAGGGAAAUUAGGAAAACUUGGGAAUGAACUCACUGGCGGCAACGGGGAAGGUGCUUGGGAAUUCGAUUCAGUUGGAUUUGGCUGUUGUUGGCUUUGUGGUGUAAAAUCUGCUGAAUCAACUACAGCUGUAUCUGCAUCACCAGUAGGCUGCUGUUCGUCGUUGGGCUGCUGCUCAGGGUUGCCUGCAGGAGCGGGUUGGUUAGAUGGUGGACCAGGAGGCAGGGCAGGUAUGAUUUGUCCUUGAGGGUAAAAAAUGCUAGCCGGAUAAUAUGUAUGACCGGGUGCGGGAACGAAA